AGCAUCCAGAUGUGCUGCAAGGAAGGAAGAGGCAGGCUGCCGCCCCUGAGGACAGCGAUACAGAUGUGGAGGAGGCAGGCAGGGAUCCAGAUGUUUUGGGCCCACGGAGCCAUCAGCCCAGCGUUGAUGUGGGGAGUGACACAGAUGUGGAGGAGGCAGGUGGGAAUCCAGAUGUUAAGGGUCCAAGGAGCCAUCAGCCCAGUGUUGAGGUGGGGAGCCAUACAGAUGUGAAGGAGGCAGGUGUGAAUCCAGAUGUUUUGGGCCCAAGGAGCCAUCAGCCCAGUGUUGAUGUGGGGAGUGAUACAGACGUGGAGGAGGCAGGCGAAAAUCCAGAUGUUGUGGGCCCAAGGAGCCAUCAGUCCAGCAUUGAUGUGGUGAGCAAUACAGAUGUGGAGGAGGCAGGUGUGAAUCCAGAUAUGGUGGCUGCAGAGGGCCAUCCCCUUGCUCUCGACGAGGGCAGCGAUACAGAUGUGGAGGAGGAGGCUGCUGGAAGUCCAGAUGUGGCGCAGCACCGCCAUCAGCACGGUCUUCCCGGGGGUGGAGAUGCAGAGGAGGUAGCGGCAGUAGAGAAUCCAGAUGUUCCUCCGAGGGGCCAGCAGUUGGCCGGAAAUGGGGACAGCGAUACAGACGUGGAGGCAGCCCCGGAGCAUCCAGAUGUGCUGCAAGGAAGGAAGAGGCAGGCUGCCGCCCCUGAGGACAGCGAUACAGAUGUGGAGGAGGCAGGCAGGGAUCCAGAUGUUUUGGGCCCACGGAGCCAUCAGCCCAGCGUUGAUGUGGGGAGUGACACAGAUGUGGAGGAAGCAGGCGGGAAUCCAGAUGUUGUGGGCCCAAGGAGCCAUCAGCCCAGUGUUGAGGUGGGGAGCCAUACAGAUGUGAAGGAGGCAGGUGUGAAUCCAGAUGUUUUGGGCCCAAGGAGCCAUCAGCCCAGUGUUGAUGUGGGGAGUGACACAGAUGUGGAGGAGGCAGGUGUGAAUCCAGAUGUUUUGGGCCCAAGGAGCCAUCAGUCCAGCAUUGAUGUGGGGAGCGACACAGAUGUGGAGGAAGCAGGCGGGAAUCCAGAUGUUGUGGGUCCAAGGAGCCAUCAGCCCAGCAUUGAAGUAGGGAGCAAUACAGAUGUGGAGGAGGCCAGGGACCCAGGUGUGGCUGCCAACACCUCUGUGCCUGCCGUUGACGUGGGCAGUGAUACCGACGUGGAGGAAGAGGUGGCCAAGAAUCCAGAUGUUGUAACAAAGAGCUAUCGACAUGCUCUCCCUGGCAGCAGAGAGACAGAUGUGGCAGGGCCGGAGGGGAAACCAGACGUGCGUCCCACAGACCAUCGGCCUGCCGAAAAUGUUGGCAGCGAUACAGAUGUGGAGGAGGGGAAACCAGAUGUUGGAAGACAAAGGGAGCCUGUGGUGGCUGGGGACGGUGAUACAGAUGUGGAGGAGGCCGAGGGGAAACCAGAUGUUGGGAGACAAAGGGAGCCUGCGGUGGCUGGGGACGGUGAUACAGAUGUGGAGGAGGCCGAGGGGAAACCAGAUGUUGGGAGACAAAGGGAGCCUGCGGUGGCUGGGGACGGUGAUACAGAUGUGGAGGAGGCCGAGGGGAAACCAGAUGUUGGGAGACAAAGGGAGCCUGCGGUGGCUGGGGACGGUGAUACAGAUGUGGAGGAGGCCGAGGGGAAACCAGAUGUUGGGAGACAAAGGGAGCCUGCGGUGGCUGGGGACGGUGAUACAGAUGUGGAGGAGGCCGAGGGGAAACCAGAUGUUGGGAGACAAAGGGAGCCUGCGGUGGCUGGGGACAGCGAUACAGAUGUGGAGGAGACUCCAGAUGUUGGCCAACAGACGCUCUGCCGGGCUGCGGCCGAUAGUGACACCGACGUGGAGGAGGCUUCUGAGGCGGAGCUCAGCCGGACACCAGGCUCUAUGGGGGGCCCAGCCCAGAGGCGUGGGGAGGAGCACCCAGCCCCCCAGUCCCAUGUCAGCCCAGAGGCCAAGGUGGUGGACACCGAAGGCACGGAGGAGCCAACGUGGGGCCCGGGGGAGGAGAGUGAGACAGAUGUGGAGGACGACGCUGACUUUGCCCUGCAGGCCACGCAGUGCUACCUGCCCGAAGAGGCCCCGUGCCUGGAGUCGGAACCCGCCAGAGCCCCUGCACCGGCAGGGGGGACUUG